UCCCGGAAGCCUACUUGUUCCUCCUUCCUUUCUGCAGAAGAAGAAGACGCUGCUUCAGUUAGCAUUAGCAUUAGCAUUAGCCGGGCAGUUAGCUGAUAUCUGGACCUGCGGAUUAAAGUUCUGACGUCACGCUGCUGUGCGAUGUAGGAGACAUGUCUCUCCAGGUGGUGCUGCAGCAGAGGAUCAGCUCCGCCCAGGUGUUGCUGCAGAGGGCGGAGCUUCUGUGUCCAGGUGUGGAGGGUCACCAGAAGCUGUGUGGUAAACUGCGGGCGGAGCUUCGCUUCCUGCGCCGUGUGGAGGCCGGAGAGCUGCAGGUCAAAGAGUCUCACCUGCACAGCACCAACCUGACUCACCUGACGGCCAUCGUGGAGUCGGUGGCGAGUCUGGAGGACGUGGUCGCUCUGCUGCACGUCUUCACCUACCUGGACGCCGCCGGCCACAGGCAGACGCUGGUGGUGGAUGUGGUGGCCAACGGGGGACACACCUGGGUGAAGGCGGUGGGCAGGAAGGCGGAGGCUCUGCACAACAUCUGGCAGGGGCAGGGCCAGUACGGAGACAAGAGCAUCAUCAGCCAGGCCGAGGACUUCCUGCAGGCCAGCCGGCAGCAGCCCGUCCACUACCGCCCCCACAUCGUCUUCGCCUUCUACAACGGCGUCUCCUGCCCCAUGGCACGCCAACUCAAGGACAUGGACAUCGCCGUCCGCGGGGACAUCGUCGCCGUCAACAGCGUGAUGCUGGAGGAGGAGGAGGAGGAGCCAGCCGAAGAUAACGAGGAGGAGGAGGAGCCGGCCGAAGAUAACGAGGAGGAGGAGCCAGCCGAAGAUAACGAGGAGGAGGAGCCAGCCGAAGAUAACGAGGAGGAGGAGCCGGCCGAAGAUAACGAGGAGGAGUCGGAGCCGACCCGGGUGGACCGGGGCACAGUGGUGGCCAGCUUGGCGUUCCCCGCCCAAGUGAAGGUGGAGGAGUGCCGCCGCGUUAACCUGGACAUCACCACGCUCAUCACGUACGUGUCAUCGCUGAGUCACGGGCGCUGUCACUUCUCCUUCCGGGAGCCGGUGCUGACGGAGCAGGCGGCUCAGGAGCGCCAGCUGCCGGUUCUGCCGCGGCUCGACGACUUCAUGCGAGGGAAGCAGCUGUUCGCCUGCCGCGCCGCCGUCCGAGACUUCCAGCUGAUUCUGGACACGCUGGGGGGCGCGGGCGAGAAGGUGCGCGCUCAGACGCUGCUCGCUCGACUCCGCGUGGUGGAUGACGAGCCGUCGGAGCGCACGCUGCGCCUCACGCACAGCGCCAAGGUCAAUCACCGCUCGCUCAUGAUCUUCGGCACCGGAGACUCACUGAGAGCCGUCACCAUGACGGCGAACAGCCGGUUCGUCAGGGCGGCGGCCAAUCAGGGCGUCCGAUACAGCGUGUUCAUCCACCAACCGAGGGCUCUGACCGAGGGCAAGGAGUGGAGGGCCACGCCCAUCGAAGGAGACGGACUUCCUGUGCCGGGGCUGAUGGGAGUUUGAGUUGUUAUAAUCAUGUAAAUAAGUCUGAUCAGCUGACUGUCAGAAUAAAGCGUCACAGUCA